AAUUUUGAUGUAAUAGAGCAUAAAAUGGGAGAAGAAGAGCAAAGGCUUAUAGAGCCGAUUCCCAAUCUAGAGAGAAAGAUUUCGGUUCAAGAAGAAUUAAAAACAUUGUAUCAAGUGAUUCCAAUGUCAAAUGAAGAUAAUUAUCUUAAUGUUAAAAGUAAACUUUUAAUAGAGGAUGUGGUUUAA